AUGGCCGACUAUUUUUCAAAAGCGGCAGCGCUUGCACAAAGCGCUGCCAAGCUAUCAAAAAAGAUGUCCGAGGGACUAGUCGAGAAUGCUCGUGAAUUUGGCCUGGAGGCAACGUCUAGUCAGCAUUACUUUGACACUUCCGAAGAAAAAAUGCUACAUAUCAGAAAGUAUUUGGAUUCAAGACACGAUAGAGAGAAAUUAGAUGCUCUCGACUCUUCUUCACACAUCGGCAUAAAGAUGAUCUCAAAAGGCCGUGAUGUGUCAGAAUUCUUCCCAGACGUGGUAAAGAAUGUAGCCUCGAACAAUCUUGAAGUUCGAAAACUAGUCUAUAUAUAUCUCCUUCGAUAUGCAGAACAAGAACCUGAUCUUGCGUUGCUGUCAAUAAACACUUUUCAAAAAGACCUCACCGAUCAGAAUCCAAUUAUUCGAGCGAUGGCGUUGAGAGUUAUGAGUGGAAUACGAGUACCUGUGAUCGGUCCAAUCGUUUUACUCGCUAUUAAAAAGUGCAUCGUUGAUUUAUCGCCAUACGUCAGGAAGGCUGCUGCUCAUGCUAUUCCGAAAUGUUACAGUUUAGAUCCUUCUCAGAAAGAUGCAUUGGUUGAGAUAAUAACUACCAUGCUUAACGACAAGUCUACAUAUACAAUCGGAAGUGUGAUAAUGGCAUUUAAUGAAGUAUGUCCAGAGAGACUGGAUUUAAUUCACCAGCAUUAUAGAAAGCUAUGCAAAAUGUUAGUUGACGCUGAAGAAUGGGGGCAGAUAGCAAUAAUAGGUCUAUUGAUUAGAUAUGCAAGAACGCAGUUCUUAAAUCCCAAUCCUCAGGGAAUUAAGCAUUCUACUAAGAAAAAAACAAAAGCAUUCUACUCGGAUGAGAGUUCUGAUUCGUCCUCGUCAUCUGUUGUCAAGCUUUGUCCUUUGGAUCCAGAUCAUGACUUACUUCUCAGAUCUUGCAUGCCAUUACUACAAAGUCGGAACACUGCUGUGGUUCUAUCAGUGGUCAAAAUAUUUUACUAUCUUGCCCCCCAACAAGAAACAUAUAAAAUGGGAAAGUCACUGGUCAAACUACUCCGUUCUCAUCGGGAGAUACAAUACGUUGUUCUCAAGAAUAUUAUGAUGAUAGCGACUCAGCAGCCGAAUUUGUUUGAGCCCCAUCUCCAGCAAUUCUUUGUUAGAGCGACUGACCCUGCCUUUAUUCGUGACUUGAAAUUAGAGAUAAUGACACAGAUUGCGACUGAAAGUAAUAUAACGUUUCUACUUAGAGAGCUUCAGGAAUAUGUGAAAAGUCCAAACAAAGAUUUUGCUACUUCGGCGAUUCAGGCCAUUGGGCGGUGUGCAAUAGGAAUGCCAGAGAUGGCCGAGAACUGUCUAAACGGAUUAAUGAAACUGUUGUGGAGCAAAAAUGACGCCAUAGUCGGAGAGGCUGUAUUAGUAAUAAAAAGACUUCUCCAAUUAAGACCACAUGACAAUGUAGAAAUGAUAACGCAACUCGCAAAGGCCCUCGAUCAAAUAACCGUUCCCAUGGCCCGCGCUUCCAUCUUCUGGCUAGUUGGACAAUAUGCACAAAAACUCGAGUUAGUUGCUCCAGACAUCCUUCGCAAAGCUGCCAAGGACUUUUCUAACUCGGAUGAUGUUGUCAAAUUACAAGUAAUUACUUUGGCUGCCAAGCUUAUUUGUUUGCAUCCGACAGACCAUACGCUGGAAUUGUUGUACGAGUAUAUAAUGAAUUUGGCGCGAUAUGACGUGAAUUAUAAUAUCAGAGACAGAGCAAGGAUGUUAAAGGGGUUGAGGGAUGAUCAACGACUAGGAGAAAAGGAUGGAGAUGAGAAAAGUGUGGGGGUAUUUGCUGAAAAGAUGAAGAUGAUAUUGCUUGGUAACAAGGAGGCGCCCAUAGAGAGUCUAAGCAUGGGGUCAUGUAAAUACACGCUUGGAUCAAUGUCACUUGUUCUCGACCACCCAAUGCCCGGAUACGAACCGCUACCCGACUGGUCUACCAAAAAACCUGAUCCGUCUGUCAGGAACACAGCGGUUGAUUCAUAUGACCGAACAUUCGCUGUACAAGGCUUCGGCUCCGACUCAUUUAGCCAGUUUACUCAACCUUCCACGUAUUCUACACCAAGACGCGACAACGUACUCUACGAUUUAGAUAAUUUCUACGAUUCUACCGAGAGCGAAGAGGAGACUGAAGAAGAGACUGAGGAAGAAACUGAGGAAGAGACUGAGGAAGAGACUGAGGAAGAUAGUGAAGAAGAGGCUGAGGAGGAUAGUGAAGAAGAGAGCAAAGAGGUAGAAGAACUACAAGACCCGGAAAAACUAGAAAGCCCGUAUUUUAAAAUACAAAGCACUCUUGAGCCACAUAAUCUUGUUAAGACAUCUGAAAUAAUUUUACAGGCAGUGAACGACCAACCGAUGUUGACGUAUUCCUACUGUCUGGAAAUAGUAUUUGAAGACGACAAGGCCUUAUUUACCUUAUGUCUUAAUCAAGUCUUGUGGUUCGAUUUGUACUUGAGCAAAAAAGAUUUAGACGUUGCCGCCAGGAUUGCGAGAACAUAUGUUACAAAUACCCGAUUAACUGUACCAUAUGAAAAUGACAAAAUGGCACUGUUUGAG